AUGGCCGAAGUCAACCUUCGUUCUUGGCCGGAGAUAUCGCAAGCAUCCGAAGGCUUGCAACUAAAUUCAACAGCCGCAACAUUGGAGUAUAUUCGUGCUUGGCUCGACCGAUUAGAGACCCGAUUGGUUGAGCAUGAGGGUGCUACCUCCGUCAGCCUACUCCACCAAACCAAUCAGGCGCAGUCGUCCUACACCUACACGGAUUCGUACGCGCUGCUGCAAAGUCUCUACGCCAAACCACUGAAUCCACCUCCACCCUAUGUCCCGCUGCGUCAAGCGUAUUCCUACCAUGAACAGCAUUAUUGGCCGGUUCCAACUGCUGUCCCACAGGAGCCUUACACCUACUCGGAUUCAUACGCGCCUCUGCAAAAUUCCUAUGUCGGAUACCAUUCAUGGCAGUAUAACUACCAGCCCAUGAAUUUUACGUCCCAGCCGACACUGCCACGAUCAGAAUACCCGCUGCAGCCGCAGCAGUCCUCCUGCUCGCACAACUGCUCUGCACUUGAAGAAGCUCUGGCCAUACAGGCAGAAGAAAGUGGUGACCUAACGGAUUGUGAGAGAGACUAUGAUACGCUUCCAAUAGUGGUAGAACUCUCGGAACAGAAUUGCAACAGAGAUGUGAGACAAGCAGUUGAACCACAGUCUCAGUCGAACGAGCUUCCUAUCAAGGAGGGGCAAACCGAAGCGAACACAUCUGGUGAUGAAGUAAAGAAUGAGAUUGCUUAUAUCUAUGUGGAUUUACAUGCAGCUAAUGCUACAAGUUUUGAUCAGCAAUCAUCAUCGUUCGAGGACGAUGCACAGUGGAUCCCUCCGCGCAAUAACAUGUCAUGUUUGGGCAUUCUUGAACGCGUGGACAAGCGUCUCGUUUUAGCGUUGGAUUUUGGCAACCACAUUGGUCAUCCUUUGAUGAUUUUUGUGGAAGAUGAUGCAGAGAGACGCUCAACUAUUCGGUUACUCAUGAAAGGUUUCGACAAUAACGGCAAGGCCGUUUGGGGGGGGGGACACAACGAUUCCUACCCGCCAUACAGAUUCGGGGGUCGUCCGCCGAGGACGAACCGCCGCGACGGUGGGGGUUUCCACCGACAACAUGGGGACGACGGCGAGGGGGAGAUUCGCCAACCCGAGGAGUCGCGCAGGGAAGAGACCAACACUACUACCUGGGCUCAGGUUUUGGAGAGGUUGGAACGUUUGGAGAAAUUCGAUUCAGCGAGGGAAGAUCCGGAUCGCCGCGGCGGGAAUCUUGGAAGUUCUUGGUCACGCGGAGCGGUGAAUCCGCCAGAGUAUGACGACGAAGACGAUUGGGGAUUUGAUGAGACACGUCGCAUGCGCAACGGAGGGACAUUUGUUCGGGGUAAAAACCCUAAUUGGGGUUUACGCGAGGGGCAACCCGACACGAGGCUGAGACGCGAUCAAUGGGGUCGCCAUGGUCCGGGAUGGACGAUGCAGGGAACCCCCAACUCGAGGCUGGCGCCCGGAGGGUUCGAUCAAUCAUACGACCGGCCUCCGACAUGCUGGGACCCCCCCCAGCGAUAUCAGGGUACCGUGCCUGGUUUCGACAGACCACCGGGGGUAAAGAUGGAUCCGCCCAGGUUCGACGGGUCAGACGCGACUAAUUGGAUCGCAAGAGUCCAAUAUUAUUUCAAUCACCUUAUGAUGCCCGAGGCUCAACGAUUACAUUACGCGAUGAUGCUGUUUGAUCAACCUGCAGCUGAAUGGGUCUUUAAUUACUGCGCGAAUAACGAAUUCGUCACGUGGAAUGAGUUUCUGGGGGACGUUCGCCACCGUUUCGAUAGAAAGAGUUUUCAAAAUUACUUUGGGUUGUUGGCCAAACUCACGCAAACGGGAUCACUUUUGGAGUACCACAAUACAUUUGAAAAAUAUUUGAAUCAGGUCCAUGGAGUCCCGGAAUCAGAGUUAUUCACUUUGUUCGUAGCUGGCCUCAAACCGGACAUUCAGGAGCGCGUGAAGUUGCACAGACCGGAAUCAUUGGCAGCCGCGAUGGCCUUGAUUUUGGAGUGGACGGAGGAGAUACAUGACCGUGGGGCACAGGCAGCCUUUUCAACCGUGCCUCGUCGCGCUUGGCAGAAUCGUGAUGGACGGGGGCAGUCAAGUACCUCGGCAGCACCGACAUCCGCAUCGGUCACAACCGCCGUGGGCCAGACCACGGGUUCAGUGGGUCGCAGUGGGGAAAGGCCGCGACCCGGCAUGAUACGGGUAUCCCAAGCGGAAAAGGCGGAGCGAGCUCGUCAGGGUUUGUGUUAUUAUUGCCCCGAGAAGUGGAUUGUAGGGCACGUGUGCAAACAGCGAUUGCUAUGCUAUGCGGAGGAGGACGAUGAGAACGACGGUGUUGCGGAGGACCAAGCGGUUGAUGAGUCUGUGCCAACAGAUAUUUCGCAUAUUCACGCGAUGGACGGUGGUCGUCGUUCUCGUCCGAUGAAGGUCGUGGGAUGCAUACAGGACCACGAGGUGUGUGUCUUAAUUGACACGGGUAGCGACAGGGAUUUUCUACACCCUAAGAUUGCGGAAUCGUUACACUUACCCCUCUCGCCGAUAAGGCCGUUCAAGGUAGUUGUAGGCAACGGGGGGGCCUUACUGUGCACUCACGUGUCCAAACAGACGAAGUUGGAGGUACAAGGGUCGGUGUUCUUGGUGGAUUUACAUAUACUGCCUAUUCACGGCCCAGAUGUAAUUCUAGGAAUGGAUUGGCUGGAGUCGUUGGGCAAGGUGACCGCAGAUUUCGCAGGAAAAACUUUGGAAUUCACUCACAAGGAGCGACCUAUUACUUUGAAGGGGGUGGUACCACCGCCCCGCAAGAUAGACAGAACGUCCUUGGCUGCUUUGAUGUCUCCAUCGAUCGGGUUAGAGGUUUUUGAGAUCAUGCUCUUGGAACCGGAAACCACUAUUACCACACAAGAUGUCCGGGAGGAUUUUCCUGCUGAUCUAACACCACCCAUCACGACAGUAUUGGAGACCUUCCGACCGGUGUUCAACAUGCCAUCCGGGAUGCCUCCGUCACGCCCCUAUGAUCACCGGGUACAUUUGUUGCCAGGCACGAAGCCAAUCAACGUCAGGCCGUAUCGCUAUCCCUACUUUCAGAAAAACGAGAUAGAGCGGCAGGUCAAAGAGAUGCUCGAGCAAGGUAUCAUCCAGAGAAGCAACAGUCCGUUUUCUUCACCGGUACUCCUUAUUCGUAAGAAAGACGGUACCUUCCGCUUCUGCAUCGACUAUCGUGCGCUGAACACCGCCACAGUGCCGGAUCAUUUCCCUAUCCCGACAGCGGACGAGCUUUUUGAUGAAUUGGGUAAAGCUCGUGUUUUCACCAAGCUUGACUUGCGAUCAGGUUACCAUCAGAUAAGGAUGCAUGACGAAGAUGUAUUUAAGACGGCUUUUCGUACCCAUGACGGACAUUUCGAAUUCUUGGUGAUGCCUUUUGGGUUGACGAAUGCCCCGUCUACAUUCCAGGCGGCAAUGAACGCGAUUUUUCAACCUAUGCUACGAAAGUUCGUCAUUGUCUUUUUCGACGACAUACUGGUUUACAGCCCGACUAUGGAAGUUCAUGAAGAACACUUGUCCGCAGUAUUGAUGGUUCUGCAGACCAAUAGUUUCGUCGUCAAAUUAUCAAAGUGCUCUUUCUGCAAAUCGACCGUGGAAUAUUUGGGACACUUGAUCAGCAAUGGAUCCCUUAAAGCAGACCCAAAUAAAAUUAGUGCAAUGACGGCUUGGCCGAAACCAAAGAAUGUGAGACAGCUUCGCGGGUUUUUGGGAUUAACCGGCUAUUACCGCCGCUUCAUAGCCGGAUACGCCUUGAUUGCGUCUCCCUUGACGGAUCUGUUGAAAAAGGAUGCCUUUGUAUGGACCCCGGAAGCAGAUUCGAGUUUCUUAGACCUGAAAGGAGCAAUGACGACAGCCCCCGUACUUCGUCUGCCGGAUUUUGAUAAGACUUUCUGCGUCGAGACGGAUGCCUCGAACACGGGCAUUGGGGCAGUGCUACUCCAAGACAAUCACCCAAUUGCAUUCUUCAGUAAGAAACUGGGUCCGCGACGACGGGUCGCGUCCACUUAUCACAAGGAAUUAUAUGCCAUCGUCGAAUCAGUGCAGAAAUGGCGUCAGUAUCUGUUAGGGAGGGAGUUUGUCAUUCGGAGUGAUCAGAGGAGCUUGAAAGAAUUGCUCCAUGCGAUAGUGCAAACGCCGGAUCAGCAGCUGUAUGCGCGCAAACUCAUGGGAUAUAAGUUCCGUAUUGAGUACAAGAAGGGGAGCACAAACCGAGCAGCCGACGCGUUGUCCCGCCGCGAGGAAGCCGAGCAGCCUGACCUGCACGAAGACGCGUCCUCGACAGCCGAGGCGAACCUGGACACUGACACGACCUCGGACGCCGACGAGGGCGACGAAGCAGCGCACGCGUGCGCCCUCCUCACAGCAGCGUCCCAUCCUAUUCCGCACCUUGUGGACUUGCUUCGUCGGGAAACAUCUUCGUCCCCGGAGAUGCGGGAGAUCACGAGGGACAUAAAGGAGGGGCGGGCCCUACCGCAUUUAUCAUUGGUGAACGGGCUGGUAUACUACAAUCGUCGAAUAUUUGUGAGCUCACGAUCAUCGGCACGGACGCCUAUAUUGAUCGAAUACCACAGCUCGAAAUCAGCGGGCCACCCUGGGUUCGAGCGUACGCUGCGUCGCGUGACUGCGGAUUUUUACUGGCCGAAUAUGAAGAAGGAGGUAAAGCAGUUCGUCGAAGCUUGCGUGGUGUGCCAGACGACGAAGUACUCUACCCAGAAGCCUGCAGGGUUGUUACAACCGCUACCAAUUCCGUCCCAAGUGUGGGAGGAUGUCUCCAUGGACUUUAUUACGGGUUUGCCGCAAUCACGGGGCUACACUGUAGUCAUGGUGGCCGUGGACCGUUUGUCUAAAUAUGCACAUUUUGCCCCAUUGCCGACGAAUUUUGAUACGAUAAAAGUGGCCAAUGUGUUUAUUGAUACAGUUGUUCGCCAUCACGGUUUUCCGAAGACGUUGGUCUCGGACAGGGACUCGGUGUUCUUAAACCAAUGUUGGAAGGAUUUGAUGCGGCUUAGUGGCACGAAAUUGAACUUCUCAACGGCUUACCACCCGCAAUCGGACGGUCAGACGGAGGUACGGAACAGGGGAUUGGAGCAGUAUCUGCGAGCGUUCACUGCCGAUCGUCCAUCCAAGUGGUCAAAUUUUCUACCUUGGGCGGAGCUGGCUUUGAAUUGUUUCCAUCAUGCGGCCUUGGGAAUGUCUCCGUACAAGGCCCUCUAUGGCCGGGACCCACCGAGCUUGAUUUUUGCGGAACCUUCGAGGUCGACGCCACCGGAGGCGGCGGAAUUGAUACGCCAACGAGGGGAGUUAUUGGUGGAGUUAAGGCGAAAUUUGGAACGCGCACAGCAGCGUAUGCGCGAAUCCGCUAACAAACAUCGUCGCCACUUGGAGUUUAAGGUGGGUGACUUGGUCCUAUUGAAGCUCCAACCAUAUAGGCAGCACUCGGUGGCUCGUCCACGGUCGGCCAAGCUAGCUCGUCGCUACUAUGGCCCGUUUGAGGUAUUAGAGCGUAUUGGACCAGUUGCAUAUCGAUUGCGCUUGCCGGAAGGGAGUAGGAUCCACAACGUAUUUCAUGUGAGCCUCCUUCGCGCGUUUGUGGCAGGCAACGACUCGGGAAUGGGCAUGGACCUGCCGUCUGAAUUCUUUGGAGAUCGGCCGGUUGUCUAUCCGGUCCGGGUGUUGGACAGACGCAUGUUAUGGCACGAUGAUCGACCCUUGGAGCAUGUGUUGGUUCGUUGGUCCGAUGGAACUGAGUCGCCGACGUGGGAACCGCUGGAACUAGUGCAGCGCAAGUUUCCAAAUGUGCUCCUUGAGGACAAGGAGGAUAUAACUCCAUGA